AUGUGGUCCAAGCCGACAGCUCCGCUGAGCGCCAGCCCGCCCAACGCCGAGCCCCUGUCGCCCACGACCGUCAAGCAGCGCAACCCGGGCAAGCGGUUCGCGCAGAUCGUCAAGCUCAAGCCCGAGUUCGUCGACAAGUACAAGGAGGUCCACGCCGCCGUCUGGCCCGAGGUGCUGAAGCAGAUCAAGAGUUGCAACAUUGUGGAUUACAGUAUAUUCCACGACGAGGAGUCGGGCAUCCUCUUCGCCACCUUCAAGUACGUCGGAUAUGAUUACAGUGGAGAUAUGGAGCGCAUGAAGGAGAACCCCAGGGUCCGCGAGUGGUGGAAGAUGACCGACGGCUGGCAAGAGUCGGUUGUGCCGGGCGCCACGAGCAGCGAGUCGGACGGCCCGUCCUGGUGGAAGCCGCUCCCUGAGGUCUUCUAUACCCCCUAG